CCCCUGUGCUUUGCAUAGCUUCAGGGUGGUUGGGCUACUGUCGUGUUGGCCUGGCUGCUGUCUUGGUGCACAGAAAUGGCUUGUGGAGUUUAUUUGGGGAUCUUGCUGGUUUGUUUGGUUCAAGCAGAGCAUGUGUGCUGUUUCUGGGUUUCACAAGAUUGGAGCUCCCAGGGAGGAAAUGGCAACAGAUAUGUUGGCUCCUUGCAACAGGACAGUGGACUAAAAAGACUUGGUAACAGCGAUUCCCAGAAUCAAUUCAGACAGGCCUCUGUUUAUACAGGUUCUGCUCAGAGCAGUGGCUUCAGUGCAGAAACUGGAGCCAACAGUGGGCAUAGCCAGAAAUCUCUGAGUAGCGGCUCCAUGCAAAGUGGCCACUCUUCAGUCAGGUUUAUGGAGAGCAGUGUGCUGAUGAAGCCUGACUCUGAACAAGUAAAUGCUCAAAUGGUGUCAGAAAAUCACUUCUCAGGUCCUUCAGCUUCUGUUGCUAGUGGAAGUUCAAUAUGUAAGAAUCAAAACCAGAAUGACCUUCAGCUGGGCACACGGCGUACUAGCAGCAGUUGUGUACUUGCUCGGCGCCCUUCUGAGAAGGGUUCAUCCUCCCACCUGUCUGCAGCACAGAUAUCUCGGAGUGCUGCUGCCGAAACACGAGACUACAAUGAACAAAGACGCUCCCUGCCCUCUGCAAAGUGUUCCGGCCAACAGCGAGACUCUGUAUCAAGGCAAACAUCAGCCACUGUGCUUGGUCGACGAGUGUCUCCACAUCGUAGCUCUGAAGCAUCUAAACGGUCUCGUUUCCCAUCUGCUCCAAAUGACGGCAGCAGGCCAAAUCAGCACAAAUGGCUUCCUGUGACUGGAGGAGGAAAUCCCUUAGAAAGCUACUACCCUAUGUUCGGUGUGGUCUCCAGCCCUGGGAGUGACAGCAAGUCUCUUCCAUCAUCACUCUACAACCAAAAUGGUGUUAUUACCUUUGACCCACUUAGUCAGUAUACAUCCACAGAGCAGACAUUAGGCUCCAAACCCAGCUCCACCUCUGGGAAGAUCCCCAGCACUAAAUGGGCCCAGGGAACCUGUGACCUCCCUGACUCUGGACAUAGAGCGAGUAAGCACUUCUCCCCAACCUGGACCUACAGAAUCCCUCAACCCCUUGGUGGCUAUGAUAUCAGACGGCUGAGGAAGCCUGGACAGGAGGCUGUGAGUCGCCAGAAGCCACAGCAGCCCUAUACACGCCGCCCACCUCUCAAGCCCCAGCAGCAGAGGGUUCCUCACCCAGUCAAGUGGGUCAGGGUGAAACUGAAUCCCACACCCUAGCAGGUGCUGGUCGACUUGUUGGCUGAAUUGUUAUGAAAUAAAGGCUUUAAUUUGUA